UCGAGAAGACACGUGACAUACUUAAAAGAAAGCGAAACACAGCUAUCAUCCGGCUCAUUUUAAAACCGACUGGAGAUAGAGAAACAGCAAUGACGGAACAGCAGGAAGACAAGCUCUACGAUCCGCGAGACACCACACUGAAGUUUGUCUCGCGCCAAGAUGAUAUAACCCUGGAUGAUGACCCAAAUAUUCUUCGAGCUGAGAUGUCAUGUGGCCAUGCUGUCUCUCCAGAGUCACUGACCGGGUGGUGUCGUAGCCUCCUUGAUCAGGGGCAGCACAAGUUCAUGUGCCCCGCACUUAAGGAUGGAACAACACAGAAGUGCAAUGCCGAAUGGCCCUAUGUGGAGGUGCGGAGGUUGGCUGUAUUGACACAAGAGGAGCAAAGCCAUUUUGAAGAGACAAUGGCUGCCCUGGCUGCGGCUGAGUACUGUGAACACAAAACAUGUCCUGGCUGUCAGACGUUUAUCGAGAGAUCUGACCUUACCAACCUCUGUGUCAUUUGUACAAUCUGCACGGCUGAGAGUGGCCAGACACUUCAGUUCUGCUGGCAGUGUAUGAGCAAGUGGAAAGGUCCAGGCCCUCGUUCUGACCACUGUGACAACGCCGGCUGCACCAAUCCUGACGUCGAAAAGUUGUCGAAAUGUCAUAAUGUAACACUUCCUGCUGUUAACAAUGUGAGCUGUCCCUCCUUGCGUGCUUGCCCCACUUGUGGAAAUCUUGUGGAGCAUGACACAACGGGUUGCAAGAAUAUCACAUGUAAUCGUUGCAGGGUUGAAUUCUGCUUUGUCUGCCUGAAACUCACUCAAGUAUGCUUACAAACAAGCAGGCACUUUAUUGCCUGUUCAGGUGGUGUUGCACCACGGCAGACUUCUAUUCCAUCCUGGAAUAGAAACUAAAUCCUUUAACAAAGAGAAAAUUAUAUUUUUUAAAGAAUAUGUGAUUAGGCUAUAUGCAAAUUAACAAUAUUCCUUCUUUAUCAUAUAAGCUUUGAUACUUCAUAACAGGAAUCAAGGUUAAGGCUUAGUGUCUAUAACUCUGUACCCUUGCUGUCCACUAUCUCAUAAUGAUGUCUUAUCCUCUAAA